AUGUUUGCCAACUCACUGACUAUCAUCUGGACUCUCCUUGUCACAAGUGUCUGGACCAGUACCGCUGCCCACCCCGUUAUUGAACUGACCUCAGAGUCCAUCUCUAAGGUACAUACGGGACUCUGGCUGGUGAAGGUAUUUUAUGCCCCCUGGUGCUCGUUUUGUCGCCAGUUGGAACCCGUCUAUCAAGAGGCUGCCCUGACUCUGUCGCGUAUCUUGCCGGAAGUCCAUGUUGCCCGGAUCGAUGUUCCUGCCAAUCCUACGGUCUCCACAGACUUCAGCAUCAGAGGCUACCCUACCAUAAUUUUGUGA